GGAGGCCCGUUUGGUGGAUGCAUCAACAGCGUAGAUGGUGUGGUGCCGCAUGUCGGCUUUUUGAGUUCAAAACAAACGUGACGAAGUAGGCAAUAAAAUGUACCGUUUGGACACGUCGCGGUUCUGCUUGUGUGUUUACUGGCGUGUCUUUUGUUAGUCAUGUGCUUUUUCACUGGGUGUUUUCAUAAAAUGGCUCCGUUGUUUCCCAGUUGGGGAAGUUUAAUGUUUUACAUUUCCACGCCGCUCGCUCUCAGCAGGAAAAGUAUAAGUAGGCCUUGCGCGAGGCCCCGAAUAGGUCUGUGACUGACAGCUGCGCAGCCAAUCAGAUGCGAGCAUCCCGCCCGCACUGGACUCUGUCGACCAAUCACAUUUGUGCAAAGCGCUGACGUUGGGGAUGGUUACUCUCGCGCUACGCCCACUGGUUAUAAAACGCCGGACAAUAAAGUGCCCACAGUAGUAGAAGAGUUCAACAAAAGGAAAUGCGGGAAGAGAUGAGGCACCGUGCGCUUGUUGUGCUUUUCCCGUGCUGACUGAGAGCUGGGGAAAAUUAAAAGGGUGUGGAGUGCUGUUUUAUUACAGUAUGAUAUCAACCUACGAUAAAAAUAAUAAUAAUCACAGAAUAUAUAUCUAUCUAUCUUGUGGCAUCACAAACUGAUGAUCUCAAUCCGGUUUCCGACUCAUGACUGUGGCAUCACCAACUCCCGGUUUGCGCCCUGUCAGUGUCGCUGUCUGGCUCUGUGUGCAGGCGAUAAAAAAAUUAAAAAAUACUCACUUUAAUUACAAAUCUUGUAUCAUACUGAAUAUAACACCGUCCCCUCUUUAACGUGGUGCUCGGUGUCCACCUGCGGCAGGCGGAUAAGCAGGAGGAUGCUUGCCAUUGUCUCCUAUUGUGUCUAUACGUGAGAUCGGCUGACCAGAAAACACGUGGGCCGAGUAGUGUGAAGAUAUCCGGUUUGUAGGUUGCACUGAAAGCCAAUACUCCAGACUGCCUCCGCUAUGGUGAACCGAGUCAGCUGGAACCGGGACAAAAGAAGGGAGCCUUGAUGUGGGCAGUAUGAGUAAGACGCCCCCUACCAGAAGAGGCAUAACAUUUGAGGUGGGAGCUCAGCUCGAGGCCAGAGACAGCCUCAAAAACUGGUAUGCUGCCAACAUAGAGAAGAUUGACUACGAAGGUGAAAAAGUGCUCAUCCAUUACCGCCAGUGGAGCCACCGUUACGACGAGUGGUUUGACUGGACAAGUCCAUACCUGAGACCUGUGGAGAGGGUUCAGCUGAGGCGGCAGGGCCUGCAGGACGACAGCCCUGUGCCUGGCUUUCAUGUGAAUGACAAGGUCCUUGCCAGCUGGUCUGACUGCCGUUUCUACCCCGCUAAGGUCAUUUCUGUCAAUAAAGAUGCGUCUUACACUGUGAAGUUUUAUGAUGGCGUUAUCCAGACAGUGAAGGGAAUACACGUGAAGCCUUUUAUCAAAGAGAGAGGUGGUGUUGGUGGAGGGAAGUCUCGGUCCACUGAAAGAAACAUGGUUCGGAGGGUCCCGAACCGCAGAGACAGGAGGCCUCAGGAGAACGGAGGUCCCAAGAACAAGCGAGCCAGACGCAGCACCUCUGACCAGGAGGAGGACAGCAACAGUGAAGACGAGGAGCGGCAAGAAGCGAUGGUUAACGAGAAGAACAAGAAAACAAAUGGUGAGGUAGAGGCUGCACCCACUAUCAAAAAGGAAGAAGAAAUAUCAGAGCAGGUAGACCCGAAUAAGCCCAGGGACACAGAAAAGGGGACAGGACUCACAAAUGGGGUGAAGGUGGAGGAAGACGAUGAGCAAAGCCAGGAACGAUGCCACGUCAACGGAGAGAUAAAGAAGGAAGAGGUGGAAUUAGAACAGAGUGGAAUAAAGCCAUAUAAAGACUCGCCCAAGCCAUACACAGAGUUGCCCACUCAGACACCAGCACAGAUGGAGCAGGUGUCUGUCACUAUGACAACUACAGAAUCCAAUAGAGAUGUGGAGCAGAAACCAAACGUCCAAUCGGAAAGCUCUCAGCCUGCAGCAGAUGUGCCACCUCCCCAGCCUGUGAAACCGGUGAGGAAGCAGGGCUUCCACAACCCCAACAGGUUCAGCAGAGAGCCAUUGUACCGAGUUAUCAAAAAUCAACCUCCCCCCGUCCUGUCCAUCAACCUCGACCACAACCCGUUUAAGUGCAGUGCUCCCGGCUGCACAAAGUCAUUCCGUAAGGCCAAGCUUCUGCACUAUCAUAUGAAAUAUUAUCAUGGCGAGGAGCAGCCUCCAGAGGAUGAACGAAGCCCCACCAGGAAUGUCCAGACCAGGGCCUCUGAUAAACAGGUUACUGCCACCAGUUUGGACGGCCCAAAGAGAAGGCGCACCAUCUCUGCCUCUAUGCACUCUGUUGGAGCUGCUGCAGCUCCCCGUGGUGAGGUGAAGACUGCAGGCAGGCGCACAUCAGCCCCGCCUGUAGUCAACACUCAGGGCCAUCAGCAGAGGGCACUGCUGAGGGAGAAGAGCAAGGAGAACCAGCUGGACAGGAACGGAUGCCAGCAGCAGGACAAGGACUCGGACAAGAGCUGCUUUGACAUUGGGUCAGUAAAAGACAAACUGAAAGAGAGACCUAAACAGAAGGACUUCCUCCGCAUUAAACUAAAAAAGAAGAAGAAGAAAAAGAAGGCCAAGUCUGACUACACAGGUAGUGAGGAGAAUAUUGACAUCUCUGUAUUGGGUCUUCAGUCCAAAUUGAAUUUGCCACUCAAACCCCCCCCCUCACACAAUCACAAGCCUGAGGCCUACCCCAGCAGGCCUGGAUACAGCUACUCAGAGCAGAUACAUGUGGAUGAUGAGGAUAGCAUCAGUGACUGGUCCACUGACAGCUGCGGGUGGAGCGACGAUGACUUUGGGGUGGAUUUGGACGUCACCACGCCUCCCCUGAGCGUGGACUCUGGUGCUGUGGACACAAGUGACCAAGAGAUCGUGCGAUGCAUCUGUGAGGUGGAGGAAGAGAAUGACUUCAUGAUUCAGUGUGAAGAUUGUUUGUGCUGGCAACACGGCACCUGCAUGGGCCUGCUGGAAGACAAUGUUCCAGACCGAUACACCUGCUACAUCUGCAGAGACCCACCAGGUCAGAGGCAGAGCCUGCGCUACUGGUAUGAUCGUGAGUGGUUGAGCAAUGGUCACAUGUACGGCCUCUCGUUCCUGGAUGAGAACUACUCUCACCAAAAUGCCAAGAAGAUCACCACCACCCACCAGCUGCUGGGAGAUGUGCACCACGUGGUAGAGAUCCUCAACGGACUGCAGCUCAAGAUGAGCGUCCUACAGAGCAAUACUCACCCCGACUUGCAGCUGUGGCGGCAGCCCUGGAAGCAUUUGGAGCGGUCACGGACCAGCUCCGACUCAUACCGUGGCAGUGAUGCUGUCCCAUCUCCUGUGACUCCCGAUGAGGACAUGAGCCGCGGAGAGAUUUUAAUGUCCAACGCCCUGGAGAAGCUGAGCCGGGCUGCCACAGCUGCCACCUCCUCUUCGUCCUGCUCUUCCUCCCCCUUCCCAUCCUUCCAGGACUCAUACAUUACCAGUGAACAUUGCUACCAGAAACCACGGGCAUAUUACCCAGCAGUGGAGCAGAGGCUGGUGGUGGAGACCCGACAGGGCUCAGAGCUGGAGGACAGCAUGAGAAGCACAGAGGAACUGUUGGAGCGAGAGCAGCGCUACGGAAGCCUGCUGGAGACAGACAAGCCCAAAUCAACAGUCAGCAGUAAUAAGACUUCGAUGGUUGGCUCUUGGUCCCAGGCUGAGAUGAGGCAAGAGGAGGGAAGAGAUCCAGGAGAGGCUGCAGACAACAGCAGGCAGCAUCAACAGAGGCAGAUCAACCUGCUGGAUCACAUAGAUGCAGUCCAGGACGAGGUCUCGCACAGGAUGGACUUCAUUGAGAGGGAGCUGGACGUGCUGGAGAGCUGGCUGGACUACACCGGGGAGCUGGAGCCACCUGAGCCCCUGGCCCGUCUGCCUCAGCUCAAACACCGCAUGAAACGAUUGCUCACACAGCUGGGCAAAGUGCAGCAGAUCGCCCUGUACAGCUCCACAUGAGGGCGCCAGAGAACAGCAGUGGCCUCAGCCCCCACACAGCAUGCAGAAAAAGUGCAGCGGAGGAAGCUCACUGGUCUCUGGCUGCAAAGAUAACGAUAUUAAUGCAAGUGCAAGACUCGGAUUGUUCAGCACGUUCUCUCUGACCUGACAUCUGCUGCUGUUUCUCCUUCUGAAAAGGUUCUGUGCGGUGGAAUUCGAUGCUACUGCCAGCCAGUGUCAUAUAUGAAUAUUUAUAUGAACAUUUAUGGAAAGUCAGCAUCUUAAAUCAGGAUUAAAAACACAAAGUAACCUCGUAAAUGCAGGAGAAAAUUCUUAGGACCAGAUUACACUUCUGUGUUUCCCAUGCAACUCUAAACCUUAUGAAUGCCUUUUGUCUGAGCUACUGCUUAAAGAGUAAGUCUGGUGUUUUUAAACCUGGGCCUUAUUUUUACAUUUUGGGGUCUGAAUGAAAGAUGGUUACAAAAAGUUUUGGAUUUGGUCCAGUAGAUCUUAGUGGUUCUGAGCCAGCAGCCGGGAAACGAGCUGCAACGUAAUCCUUGGGUGCAAACAAAGUACGUCCACUAGCUGUGGCUUAUAUUGUUGUAUUAAGUGUCUGAGAACAUUAUGGAAAAGGAUCCGUACAGAUAGAGCUUCUGUUAAAGAAUAAGAUCCUUUAUCCGUCAGAAUUCAUGAUAAAAACAGGAAUUUUACCUUAAAAGUGAAAGUCUGCCUAUCUAAACUCAUAUGUAGAGUUAAACACCAAAGUCAGUCAAUAAUACAUACUAACCAGUAUAAUUCCUGUGUUCUUCUGUGAGGUAAAUCUACGGUCUCAUUUCUGUACUUUGCAAAAUAUGUAAAAAUAGGGCCCAGGUUUAAAAAAUAAUGGAAGUACCCUUUAAGAUUGCCUGUUCCCUGUCUCUCUCAGUACACAGUGCUUUACAUGCAGAAGCUUUAUAUUAGAAAAAUUGCAGUCGAGUUCCUGAACCUACACGGCCUCUUUGCAAUAGUUUUAUGAACACGUUUUCAAAUGCUCACUGUUAUUUGCAUUUUAGGUUCGGUUUUGGUUACGCGUCAUGCCAUACUGCAUUAAAAUUCGCUGUUCAAGCAGUCUUCAAAUAAUUUGUUCUGUUUGUUUUAUACUACACUGUGAAGUUAUUUUUGUCUGGAAUCAAAAACAUCUUCUUUUUUUUUUCAGUUAGCCACGACAAUAAGUGUGAUUUCUGUUUCGUCCCAAACUGUAAUGCUUCUUUCCUAACAGUUUUAUCAGUUAACCUUUAUGUGUUUGUCAGUUACCGUAUACCUUACUUCAAUUUACUCUUUGCAUUGUUGUUGCUGUAGCACUUGACCUAUGAUUCACUGAGAUCUGUAAUGUGGAUUUGUCCUUUCUUAACCUUAGCAGCCUGUGCUUUGUCAGUGACAAAUACUACUUAGAAGACCUGUACAUUUCUUUAUUUCUGUUCCUGUUUCACCUGUUUAUUUACAGUAUUUUGGUUUGUAAAUAUGUUAUUCAGAGAAAUGUGCUUCUGUAUUGAAAACAUUCUCCACAUUCAGAUAUUGUAUGCUACUGUACUGUAAGUGUCUGGCUUAGAAGCAGGGAAAUGUCAAAAACAAUGCAAACAGAUUUGCUGGUACAUAAAUAAACUCAUUGUUAUUACUCCCUA